GGAGGACGGACGAACUUCCUGGAGUAUCAUCAACAGAGCGGCCGCCAUCGCUGCGGCUGCAGGGAGCGCAGAGCCGCCAGGCCGAGCCCGCUUCCUCGCCGGACCGGAGUGAAGACUGCCCUCGGAGAACGCGCCGGGCUUGGCGAACGCUGCCAGCUGGAAACUGCUCAGGUGGUCCCUGGGGUGGAGGGCAAGGAAGUGACUGCUCUCUUUGCAGGUAACGCUUUGAAGCGGACCACCCACCCACUUCCAGGGUGGGCAUCUGCCCGGCGCUGCGCCCUGUUAAAAUCAACGUUUUCCAAUACCAAGAAGUCCAUAACUGCUUGUUGUUAACUGUGUGAAUUGGCAAACCCCCCCUCAAGACCCUCCCCCCGGGGAAUGUAUAUUUAAUUUGACAUAUGCUGAAUUAAAAUUCUACUGGAUUUUGGUAGGAGGUUCUACUGGAUUUUGCUAGGAUCAGAAAGUCAGAAAGUCGGCGGUUCGAAUCGCUGCAACGGGAUGAGCUCCCGGGAUGAGCUCCCGUUGCUCGGUCCCUGCUCCUGCCAUCCUAGCAGUUCGAAAGCACGUCAAAGUGCAAGUAGAUAAAUAGGUACCGCUCCGGUAGGAAGGUAAACUGCGUUUCCGUGUGCUGCUCUGGUUCGCCAGAAGCAACUUAGUCAUGCUGGCCACAUGACGCGGAAGCUGUACGCCGGCUCCCUCGGCCAAUAAAGCGAGAUGAGCGCCGCAACCCCAGAGUCGGCCACGACUGGACCUAAUGGUCAGGGGUCAUGAAAAGAACACACACACAACCAUUCAUUCAUUAUUUUCAUAUGUGUGUGUGUGUGUAUACAGUCAUACCUUGGGUUGAAUACGCUUCAGGUUGAGUGUUUUCGGGUUGCGCUCCGCGGUGACCCGGAAGUAACGGAGUGCAUUACUUCUGGGUUUCGCCGCUCACACAUGUGCAGACACUCAAAAUGAUGUCACGCGCAUGCACAGAAGCGGCGAAUUGCAGCACGUGCAGACGUGUGUUGUGUUCGCUUCAGGAUGCGAACGAGGCUCUGGAACGGAUCCUGUUCGCAUCCAGAGGUACCACUGUAUGUGUGUGGGUGUAUGUAUAUUUUAUUAUUAUUUAUUAAAUUUGUAUACCGCAGGUCUCGGGGUGGUUCACAACAUAAAAACAACAUAAAAACACGAAAUACAUACUAAAAAUCAGAACGACCCAAUACCCCCCCCCCCGCUUCCCCUACACAACAACAACUCUGAUUAAAUUGUAUGGUAGUGGGGGUCUGACUGCUCGUGAAACGGUUACGUCAGGGGUCAGCAAACUUUUUCAGCAGGGGGCCGGUCCACUGUCCCUCAGACCUUGUGGGGGGCCGGACUAUAUUUUUUGGGGGAAAAUGAACAAAUUCCUAUGUCCCACAAAUAACCCAGAGAUGCAUUUUAAAUAAAAUGACAUAUUCUACUCAUGUAAAAACACGCUGAUUCCCAGACCGUCUGUGGGCUGGAUUGAGAAGGCGAUUGGGCCGGAUCCGGGCCCCGGGCCUUAGUUUGCCCACCCAUGGGUUACAUUUUUUUUAAUUUAUUCAGGUCCAUAGCAGCAGGCAUGGAUCAAGAUCUCCCCAGUCACCCUGUGGAGGCCUGCAAGGAAUUGUCUGCCAAUUGCAGUUGCAUCACAUAUCUCCUUCACUAGAUGUUUGAAGGAUGCACAUGCCUUCUUCGUUUUCUAAGCGUCUUCAGCGUGAUAAAUACUGAUCCCACGCAGAUCCAUCUACAGUGCUCCAUAAAACGUGAAACUGCCUCCAGAUACCAAAACAGUGCUAUUUUUCUAGAAAAAGAGGUUCUGGAGCUCACCCUUCUCCCUUGUCCUCUUAGAAUGGCAAUGGCGCCCACCUGAGAGGUGCCAGAGGUGAGUUCUGGCUAAAAAAAAUAUCUCUGCACAGUGCCUAGGGAAGGGACGGGGAACCACCUGAAGCUAUCCAGGUGUUGUUGGACUCUAACUCCCAUCAGCCCCAGCCAACAUAGUCAGUAGUCAGGGAUGAUGGGAGUUGUAGUUCAUCAACAUCUGGAGGGCCACAGGUUCCCCAUCCCUGACCAGGAGUGUUGAGGAUGAUGCAGAGGUGGCUGUUGUUCAGGUUCAGAGGUGCUGUGCCACUGAAGACCCCCCUUUUUUUGGAAGUGGCAGGAGGAGGGGGGCUAUUGGCUCCAAGCCUUCCUUGUCUUACUGAGGCAUCUUUUUUAACCACUCUGGGAGACAAGAGCCUUUUAUCUGAUGCAACAAAACUGCUCUUUUGGGAUGAGUGGGGAAAUAAUGUGUACGUUUGUGAGGAAUGCUUUCAGCUCUUUACCCUAGGAUGGUGUACUCUCACCCACUCUGCUGCUGCUUUUAAGUCUUUAAAUAGUCAGAAAACCCUGCCACAUAACAUGAGUAGUUGAGCUCCCUAAGAGCCACUUUACCUAGAAGUAAACACAUACACGUUGCUAGGUUUGAUAACCUCUUAGAGGUGCCAUUUGCUGUUUUAAGUGGUAUACAAAUCUGGUUAAAUAAACAAAACAGCAUAAAAAUAUCUAAGGGGUAAAAAUGGAAGAACUGUCAUUGGUUACUACCAUUACCGUGCACUCAACUUUCCCAAAUGUAUUUUUCUUACCUGACGUUUUUAAUAGGUGGAGUUAAGCAUUGGACUCGUGUAAUUUUUGAUGAUACUUUGGGAUGCAUUCGGUUAGCAAUGUCACUCGAAACCUCUGAUUGGGUUGGCAUCUAGAUACCCCAAAAAGUUGUUUAUUGUGUCCAAUGUACAGUGCUACCUCGGGUUAAGAACUUAAUUCGUUCUGGAGGUCCGUUCUUAACCUGAAACUGUUCUUAACCUGAAGCACCACUUUAGCUAAUGGGGCCUCCUGCUGCCAGCGCAUGAUUUCUGUUCUCAUCCUGAAGCAAAGUUCUUAACCCGAGGUACUAUUUCUGGGUUAGCGGAGUCUGUAACCUGAAGCGUCUGUAACCCGAGGUACCACUGUACAUUAUCAGUGCAGCCAGGCAAGGCUGGUAGCCUUGUAGUAAAUACUUGCAUGUGUUAUACAGUACUUCUGCUCUCUCCACGAUCUGCGGCAAUUGUCUAUUCUCCACACCUUUCACCCACACUGGUGUAUUUUUAUUAUUAUUAUUAUUAUUACAGUGGUACCUCUGGUUGUGAACGGGAUCCGUUCCAGAGGCCCGUUCGCAACAUGAAAAGCCCGCACCCUGAAGCGCCAUAUCUGCGCAGGUGUGCAGUGCAAUUUGGUGUUUGUGCGCAUGUGUGAAGUGCGAUUUAACACUUCUGUGCAUGCGCCAGCGGCGAAACCCAGAAGUAACACUUUCCGGUACUUCUGGGUCGCUGCGGGAUGCAACCUGAAAAAACGUAACAUGAAGCAAACGUAACAUGAGGUAUGACUGUUUAUUUGUUGUUGUUGUUGUUAUACUGCCCUAUACCAAUAGAUGUCAGGACAGUUCAUAGCACAAAAUUUAGAAAAUGCUUCCUUCUCACUCAAUAUCAGAACGGUGUACAGCAACUUUUUAAAAAAGUUGAAAGCAGCAUAACCCUGUAAACAAAGUUUACUGGUUUAAAAAUGUGGGGAAGCAGGUGGAGAUCUGGGCUUCAGUAGUGUUUGAUCUGCCUUGACUACUUUCUAAAAGUCCCCGAAGAGGAGAUUGAAAAACCUAGAAUGCUUCUGGUUUUGAGCUCUGUUUGUCUUCCUGUUUCGGGAAGCUUUUAAUGUUUGAUGUAUUAUAGUAUUUUAAUAUUCUGUUGGAAGCCGCCCAGAGUGGCUGGGGAAGCCCAGCCAGAUGGGCGGAGUAUAAAUAAAUUAUUAUUAUUAUUAUUAUUAUUAUUAUUAUCAACAGGCGAUGGGAUGGCGGCUGAGCUGAAGGAACAGAGAUGCGUGAAGGAAGAGCCCGGAACGACGGCGGUGCUGGCGGGCGGCUCGGAAGAGACGGUCUCCCACAGCUGCAAGCGGGAGAGAGGGAACAGGGGCCGAGACUUGCCAGAGAAGCGAGAGAGAGCUGAGAAAAUCCGAGAAGGAGCUGCUCUGCCACGCAAGGAGCAGGGCUUUGGGAAUCUUGACCAAAUAGUGAUCCAGCAGCUGAUCCACAUUGGAGGAGGCGGAAGGAGGCGCGGCAAGCAGGGGGAGAACUUCCGCCAGGCCUCGGGCCUCGGCAAGGCUUCAAUCGUCCGCCUGGGAGAGAAGCCGUACCUGUGCAUCGUCUGCGAGAAAACCUUCCGCAACCACUCGGGCCUCAUGGUCCACCAGCGGAUCCACACGGGGGAGAAACCUUACAAAUGCCCCGACUGCGAGAAGAGCUUCAAUCAGCGCUCGCACCUGACCUCCCACCGCGGCACCCACACCGGAGAGAAGCCCUUCAAGUGCUUUGCCUGCGGGAAGAGCUUCAGCUACAACUCGGGCCUGGUGAUCCACCAGCGCAUCCACACGGGGGAGAAGCCGUACCAGUGCCCCGGGUGCGAGAAGAGCUUCAGCCAGAAAUCCCACCUGCUGUCGCACCAGAGGACCCACGUCGGGGAGAAGUCCUUCAAGUGCCUGGACUGUGGGAAGAGCUUCAGCUACAACUCGGGCCUGGUCAUCCACCAGCGCAUCCACACCGGGGAGAAGCCGUACAAAUGCUCGGACUGCGGGAAGAGCUUCAACCAGCGCUCCCACCUCGUGUCGCACCGAGGCGUCCACACGGGGCACAAGCCCUACUCGUGCCGGGAUUGCGGGAAGAGCUUCAGCUUCAACUCGGGCCUUGUCAUACACCAGCGGCUGCACACGGGGGAGAAGCCUUAUGAGUGCUCCGACUGCGGGAAGAGUUUCAAUCAGAAAUCGCACCUUAUUUCACACCAGAGAGUCCACGCCGGGCAAAAGCUCUGACUAGCUGGCGGCAGAUACCAUAUGUUUCCGUGCAUAACACAACACGCCCCCUAUUUUGGGGGACUACAUUUUAAGAAAAUGGGGGGAGAUGGCCCAGAGUUGUUGAGCUUUUUUUGGGGGGGGGGAUGCAGAAAAUCACUCCCCCGACUCAAAAAUGCUGAGAAUCGCACGCGUCACCAAAGCUAACAAGCGUCUGCCCGCCCGCCACCAGCAGCCAGCAAUCGCCCGCCCAAUUGGCACAGCAGAAGCCAAUCUGAAACACCCCUUGCCGCAGCCACCAAUCACCCACCCAACUGACGCAGCAACAGCCAAUCCGAAGCAGCCCUUGCCGCAGACACGAAUCACCCACCCAAUCACCGGUGGCAAGCUGCUGCUCGCAGUUGAAACACAUUGUUCGUCCCUCCUCUGCACUAUCUGUGUAUAAGACAAACUCCAUUUUUUAACAUUCUUUUUGAGUAAAAACUCUUGUCUUAUACACGGAAAAGUACGGUAUGCCUGCUAUUUAGCUAUGGUUCCUGCAUUGCAGGGGGUUGGACCAGAUAGCGUUUCCAGCUCUUGACAGGACUAUAAUUUCACCUCUAGAAAGGGUCUAGAACAGGGUUCCUCAAAUUUGUGUGUCUAGCAGUUUUUGGACUACAGUUCCCAUCGUCCCUGACCCCUGGUCCUGCUAGCUGGGGAUGAUGGGAGUUGUAGUCCCAAAACAGCUGGAGACCCCCUGAUCUAGAACACUGGUCUCUAAGCGGUAGCUUGCAGGUAAUGACGCACCGCCAGUAUUCCUCAAAGUGUGUGCCGCGUGGCAGUGGCAUGGUUGUAUUAGAAUUUUGAAGGUGAAUUUAUACAGGUGUGUAUAAACUGCACAUUCGAUGACAGCUGCCUUUCUUUUUGCUACAGAUCAACAGCACUGCACUGAGAAGGAGGACUGAAGGGAGAGAGAGAAAAAUCUAGGCAUUCAACAAGAAGAUAGUUACUGCUGAAACCCAGUAUUAAAAAUCCAACAUUAAUCUCUCUCCCUCCUCCACUUUUCUGAGGUGAAAAAACCCUUAGACUUAAAGCUAAAGGAUUUAUUGAUCAACUGCUAUAGGAAAGUAUUUAAAACUACCUGUUAAACAUUUUAUAUUGGCCUGUCAGGGUAUGCUUCUUAGCUGGUUUGGAAUCUCUAGCCUGUUUCAGAAAGUUGCAUCAGUGUAGGGAGGAGAGUGAAUCUUCCUUGCUGGCUCUGUUUGCCAUGCCUGAAAAAGGGAUCCUAGCUGUGUACAGCUGUGUGUGAGUAGAUCACCUUUUCAGAUGUUACACUGAAUGCAGGGCUGAUGAGCCAGCAAAGGGUGCAGCGCACAAGGCACAUUCCUUCUCUCUCUUUACCUGUUCAGCCUGCAAGUGGAGGCAACUUUGGGAAGAGGGCUUCUUAAGUGAAAAAAAUAUAGCCAGAUGUGAUGUUGGAUCCUCCAGAUUGGAUUAUUGCAAUGUACUCAGCAUGGGGCUGCCUCAUGGGGCUGGCCACAGCAGCCAAGCUUGUGACUUGGGGCCCUGUUUCUUUAGAGCAGCCUUUCUCAACCUGUGGCUCCCCAGAUGUUGUUGAACUACAACUCCCAUCACCCCUAGCUAGCAGGGCCAGAGCUCAGGGAUGAUGGGAGUUGUAGUCCAACAACAUCUGGGGACCCACAGGUUGAGAACCACUGCUUUAGAGCAUAUAACUACAGUCCGCAACGCAAAAAAAUGCAACCUGAAGCGGACGCAAGAUGAAGUAUGGCUGUACAUAUUUCAGUUACCGGUUUGUUUGUGAGCAAAACUCAAAAGUGUUGGUUAUUCUACAAAUGCCAUUAAAAAUCGUUUGGGACCAGAAAAUCUGAAUGGCCAUCUGCCACCUGAGCCCACCCACCCACUGCAGUUGCCCUCAGAUGCUCUGCUUCUUGUCCCAACUCUGACUGGCUGGCCCAUGAGGCAAGGACUUUUCGGUUCUGGCACCUAGUUUGUGGAACUCCUCGCCAAAAAGGCCCUGUUGGUCCCCCUCCUUCUUAGUCUCUUGACAUUUUUACAAAAGGAAAACAUUUUGUUCCACUGUGCCUUUUAAUACCAGGCUUUUGUUUUUGUAUAGGUGUUUUGUUUUGUUUUUAAUUUGCAGAUUGUAGUUUGUGUUAACUGAUGCUGUGAACUGCCCCGAUGCCCAUGUGAAGAACCGAAAGCUGGGGGAACUAACUAUUUUAAUAAAUAAAACAGUAUUUAUCAAUAUUUUGUUAUAAGAGACUGUUACAACUUAACUGGGGGGAAACCCAACAUCUAUAUACAGCAUGUUGCUGUAUAUACAUUUACUAGUGCAUAUUACAGUACUGUAGUCUCUCAAGUCUGUUCGUUAUAAUAUAUAAACUCUAUUCGGAAGUUUCCCUUGCACUUUGGGCAAACUUGGGAGGUGGGAGCAGGGCUGUGCUGAUGAGCCCCACCCGGGCAAAGAAGUGCAAGCAGGCAGCCUUUGCCUGCAUGAACAAAGGGGGCUACACUAUCGGGAAUCCUAGAUGUGCAGGAUUCCUGAUUGCAUGGAAGCCUGUGUGUAUGUUUGUGAAGGCUGCCUCCCUGCAUGUUUGCACUGUCCCUCCAGAUGCCAGCAACUUACCAACUUACUAAGGGAGGCCAGGGCUGGCUGAUGGUUCCCCUCUCUCUUUCUCGCGUUUGUCCAACUUCUGAAUAGGGCUAUGAACAUUUCUGUAUCUGAAGUAUAGACACUGCCUGUAAUCACCCCGCCUGCUUGCAAUAAAUGGAGUGUGUGCAAUGACCAA